AUGCCUUCGCCGCCCGACAGCCCCACCACUCCGCCACCUUCCUUCCACUCCCUCCAACGCCAACCCGUCGAGCCCUUGAUCGCCGAAUGGACGACCUCGGGCGUCGACCAGCCAGACUUCCACGGGCGCAUGGCAGCGCAGUUCCACUCGCUGCCUGGCGACGGCCGCAGAGCAUCCGACCUGCGCGCGCUCGUCGCGGCGCAGAAAAGCGCGUCCUCGAUGGCAUUGAGCGUUAGAAGCCACACCCAAGCCAGAUCGACGGUGUCAGGCGCACCAUCCAUGCUGACACGAGCAUCCGGCGACACGUACGAGUCCUCUGGCGUCAGCACCGCAGAUGCGAGCGUCGUUCAAGGCGUGCGGCUCCUCGAGCUCGGGCCCGACGGCAUCCUCGAGGUGCGGCCUGAUGCCCGGCGCAGCGUCCUCGAAUGCCCGUUUCACUUCUUGAACUGCCACUUCCGCUCCUACGACCUCGAGCACUGGAAGACGCAUACUAUGUGGCACUUCCGCGGGCAGGAUCCUCCGCGCUCGAUAGAGUGUCCGCUCUGCGAUACAUUCAACUACACAUACCCCAACGGUUUCGACGCCUGGGACGCGCGGAUGAACCACCAAGCCCAGCACCAUUACGCUGGCCACACCCUCGCUACCGCCCGUCCCGAAUUUAAGCUUCACCACUACCUAUGGCAGAGACGGAUCAUCAGCCAUGCGGAGCUGCAAGAGCUGAAGGGUGCGUCCAGACUGCGGCAUGCGCAGGCGGAAGCGUACAAUGCCUAUACAGUCACACAGGGGCCAGGCAGGAACGAUAGGCCUCAGCGGAUGCCUAGGCGGGAAGGGCGCGGAUGA